GAAUCUAUUGGUAAUUUAGUAAUAAAAAUUGUUGAUUACCAUUUUCAAACUAGAAAAGAAUUACAAUAUUAUACCUCUUGCUGGGUUCCUAUUGUUAAUUCUUAUAAAGAAUGUUAUGGAAGUGGUGGUUGUAAAAAAGGAGUUUGUAAUGAUUUUCAAAUUAACAAUACAAAUUGGAAUGGUAGAAUGCCUGAUAAAAUGUUAUCACAAUAUUACCCCGGAGAAAGUGGAUGCUUUAUGCCCGCAAAAAAUAUUCAAGUUGGUUGCUAUUUGAACCCUGAUUAUCAUGCAUGUUUAUAUUAUAGAAUUGGAAUAUCGCCUGUUGAUCCAAUUUUCCCAGUUUAUAAAAUUGUUGGCGUAGAUGUUAAAUAUAAAAUUGAAGCAACAUUAAAUGGAAAAAAAUUAUCUAUCACUGAUGAUGGUUCAAAAGAAAUAUCUUAUAGGUUUGAUGGAGCAUUAAUACCAGAUAACACACUACUUGGUAGAUAUAUGGCAAAAGUUGGCUCAACAUGGUAUGAUAUCGAAAAUGUAGCAAAAAGAGGUGGGCCUCAACCAUUUGCAAUUGGUGACAUACAAGCAACCAAAGAUACUGAUCUUAAAAAUCAUAUCACUAGCUAUAUCAAAUAUGCUCAUGGUUUAUGGUAUGAUCUAAGACCAAAUAAAGAAGGCCAUUCAUUAAAUGUAAAAUAUUCAUUUCAACAACCUGGUUGUAGAGAGAUAGAAAUUUCAAAUAAAUAUCCACAAAGAAUUGGUGAUAUUAAUUAUUCUGCUGACGAAGAUGGGGUAUUAUAUGGUUACCCAACCUUUCAUAGCCCUAUAACUGUUGUUAUAAAUAUUCCAAAUGCAAAAAAUUUAUCUACUGUUAGAAUAACAAGUCAAGUGUGCCCCGAAGUAAGAAAUUUAAAAUAUUUAGAAAGUUGCAAAAAUUGUUUAACAGAAGCAUCA